CUCAUGUCCUACUGCCUGGCCAUGAAGCUCAGUGACCUGCAGAGUGUCAACGUGGGACUGUUUGACCAGUACUUCAGAGUUGUGGGGUCUUCAGCAGACCACAUCCUCUGCUGUCUGACUCGAGACAGCUACGGCACCCACCACUUCCUCCAGCAGCUGAUGACGGUGCUGUCUCAACUAGAGAAAGCCCCUUCCCCUGAACCCUCCGAACAAGACUUCUACACUCAGUUUGGGAACAAAAGCACUGGGAAGAUGCAGAACUAUGAGCUGGUCCACUCCAGCAGGGUGAAGUUUAUGUACCCCAGCGAAGAGGAGAUCGGGGACCUCACCUUCAUCGUGGCUGAGAGGAAGAGUCCGGCUGGUGCCUUGUGCUCCUUCAAUAUCCUGCUCUACGUGCUGGUUUUCCAGGUCCAGACCACGGGCACCGGUCCAGGCUCCCCCCUCCCCCCAGGGUCACCUCCAAACCAGCAGCCUCUCCUCCGGCCCAAAACCCUCAUCCUCACCAGCACAGAUGUCUUUCUGCUGGACGAAGAUUACAUCAGCUACCCGCUGCCAGACUUUGCCAAGGAACCCCCGUCUUGGGACAAGUACCAGCUUACAGACGCCCGCAGGAUCCGGGACCUCGACCGAGUUCUGAUGGGUUACCAGACAUACCCACAAGUGCUGACCCUGGUGUUUGAUGACGUGCCCGGUCCUGACCUUGACUGA